AUGUCGCAACAUCUCUUUGAACAGCUUACUCUCGUGAGUGCGUCAGCACUCACUAACUCUAUUUUCAGCAUUACUGAAGAUCUGAGCUUGCCUCUGAAGGCGAGCCCGCAGACUCCUGCAGUGGGUGCGUCAGCAUCCGAUAAUUCUAUUUCCAGGAGUGCUGGCGAUUCAAGCUUGCCUCUGGAGGCAAGCACGGACCUUUCCGCGGGUGCUUCGUCACCCGUUAAUUCUACUUUCAGGAAUGAAGAAGAGACAGUGCAAGCCACUGUUUAUCGUGGGACGAGAGAGCUAAGCCAGCGAAAGACGAAGGAGGUGAUCGGCGACGAAUUCUUGAGCAAUACCUGCAGUAUUGCUCACAUAUGUACACCUGUGCCCUAUGCCAAGGAUAAAGACAACAGGCUGGCAUAUGAGGUGGUCUGUGACAUCAAGAGCAACCAGUUAUAUGCUGGGCGAUGUCCACGGCAGGUGUAUGAGGAGGCUCUAUCAAAGACAGAUGAGCUAUACGAUGAAGACGUGGUGAUGGCCUUCUACGGCGAGGGAUACAGCCAGCGUCGACAAACGAUCUCUAGGGCCAUCAACACUUUCAAGGAUAGGGAAGUGACGCUCCAGAACAUCCCGGACGACCUGGUCUUCCUACAAGACGGGACUAGGUUCGUCCACGUCCACGUAAUGGAACCACAGCUGCACAUAUAUUAUUCUGAAAAGACCAUACAGAAGACUUGUGCAAAUGACCUCUUUGCUGUGGUUGCUGAUGGAGUGCACUCGAAUCAACCGAAGAACCUGGCGCAGCUCUACUGCGUUCAUGGAGUCUGCGCCGGUGGUGUGGAAGUGCCCCUCGUGUACGCCCUAACUGCACGUAAACACGAGGCAACGUACAGGAGGAUAUUCAAGUGUCUCCAAAACAACUUUGAGCUCUUUCGACCAAGGCCAAUGCAGCGCCUCAGAGUUGUUCUGGAUUUCGAACAUGCUGCCAUCAAUGCAGCUUACAGCUUAUUCCCAGACGCUGUAGUCCAGGGCUGUUCGUUCCACUUACCACAGUCCUGGAACAGAAAACGGGAUAGCUGCAGGAUAACCCGUUUCAUAAGGGGGCCUGGAAGAGAUGGCGUUGUAGAAGAAUGGUGGGACACUAUCAAAGGUGUCAUAUUUCUACCCAAAGGGCUGCGCUCUGAAGUCAGAGCCCUACGUGCCCCACCCGUCUCGAGCGAACACCCAGCAUAUGGCAGCUGCUGGGAUUUCCUAAAUUAUCUGACCAGUACUUGGUUGACUGGUCCAUUCGAGGAUCUGUGGUGCAAAUGGGGGAUCACAGACCUCCGCACCACAAAUUUAGCUGAGGCUUUUCAUAAUAAACUGAACGCCACCUUCACGGGUGAUCACCCCGACAUGCGCACGCUACUGGAAAAGCUGCGCACGCUUGAUCUGGAAGCUAAGUGCAAUUUACGAUGGAGUGAGAUGAACCCUGGCGUCGACAAAAGGAUUCGAAGAAGAGAUUUGGAAAGAAGACAAAGUGUGGAAGAAAGUAUGGCAAGAUUUGACGCCGCUUACCGAGCCGGAGCAACGGUGGCUCAAAUCGAGAAGUUUUGCCGAGACAUGUCUCGGUUUAUCUCAGGGAAAACAGUAUGA